UAAUCGCGCGGACAACUGACUAAGCAGCCGGUCUAGAUCUCUUAUCUGAUGAUUGAUUCCCUUGAUACAGAUGCUGUCCGCAAAUUUUGAUUGUUGGUUUACUUGCUUCCACCACAAUCAGGCCUGAAAUCAUUCACUUCAAACAUCCGAUUUGUGCUGGUCACAUCGGUAUCAUCAUGCCUCCGUAUGAAAACUCUCUUGCUGGUCAAAGUAUAUCGGAGAAAAAAAACAUGGGCCAUCCCUUUUCGAAUCGACAUCUGGGUCCAGGGGGCUCUGGUGACAGUAGCGUUACUUGCUCUGAGUCUGGAACCGUUUCUUCUCCGUCCGCCUCAUUCAGUUCCAUCCUCACCCCCGUUGUCACACCUUCCUCUUCAUCCGCCCCUCUGAGUGCCCCAAUCACUAGUACUCUAGCCACCUCUGUUACGAUGUUGCCCUCGGCGUCCGCUGUACCUAGUAGCGCUAGCAAUAGUUCCGCUCUCUCUCAGAGUAAAGUCAAUGCAGGAGCUAUCGCAGGCGGAGUAAUCGGUGGACUCGUCUUUAUCGCGUUGGUCAUAUUGGGGGUCAUCCACGUACGACGUCGCCGAAGGCUUCACACCGCGCCCUCUGCAGAAUUCAUGUCAGGACGUGCGUUGAUAAACCCUUUGGGAUCCGCACCUGGUGCUGGCCGCUCCACGUCACAGUUCAGCACUACGAGUCAACUGUCUGCGACUCCCCGUGAUGCAUUUGCUGCUGCCCCGCCCGCGUUUACACCUGGUAAUUAUCCCUAUCCAUUUCCAGAGAAGCUCGGUAACAUGAUUCCAUUGUGAUGUUGGCAAUGACUUCAAACUGUGCAUACAUUAUGAAGAAUACCUUUGGGGUGACACUCUAGUUUUCAAUUUCAACUGUACCUACGCGCAGGAAUACACUUUUUUCUCGAUCUUUCAUCAUGGCUGUAAUUGAGCUACUUUUACGAUUAA